AGGGAGAGAGAGUGGAGGAAGAAAGAGAGGGAGAGGGAUAGGUAAGCUGCUGCAGUAAACUCUCCUGCUCAGGUCUGACUGGCUGACUGCACUGCUCUGCUCUGCAGGAGAACCAGCGAGGGAGGGAAAAACAGAGCGAGCAGGAGUGAGAGAGAGAGAAAGAGAGUGAACGAGAGCCAGAGAGAGGGAGAGAGAGAGAGCGAGCGAGAGAGAGAGAGCAAGUGAACGAGAGAGGGGCAGGAGGAGGGGUCCUGAGAGUCACUGUGCUUGAGCGGGACCAACAACAGCAGCAGCAGCAGCAGCAGCAGCAGCAGGAGCAGGAGCACUGAGGCGAGAGGGGAGAAGGGAGCAUCUCCGCCACCCCGUAGCCCAGCCGUAGCAGCUCGCCAGCGGACGCCAGCAUGGCACAAGCCGCCAAACAUCUCCGCAAGAACAAGGACUUGGAGGCUCAGCUCGAGGCGGAGCGCAAGGAGAAGGAAGAGGAGAAAGCCAGGAAGAGGAACCGCUCCAGAGACAAGAAGCGCAAGGCUGAUGCUGGUAACAGUUUUUUGCGGGCAGCUCGCUCAGGGAACCUGGACAAGGCCCUGGACCACAUAAAGAAUGGUAUAGAUAUCAACACAGCCAAUCAGAAUGGGUUAAACGGCCUACAUCUAGCCUCUAAAGAAGGUCACGUCAAAAUGGUGCUGGAGCUCCUACACAAUGGCAUAGUCUUAGAGACCACAACAAAGAAAGGGAACACAGCACUUCAUAUAGCUGCAUUAGCUGGACAAGAACAGGUGGUCACAGAGUUGGUCAAUUAUGGUGCGAACGUCAAUGCACAGUCCCAGAAGGGCUUCACUCCACUUUACAUGGCUGCACAAGAGAACCAUCUAGAGGUUGUGAAGUUUCUUCUUGAGAAUGGAGCUAAUCAGAGCAUUCCAACUGAGGAUGGCUUUACCCCUUUGGCCGUAGCUCUUCAGCAGGGUCAUGAGAAUGUGGUAGCUCUGCUCAUCAACUACGGCACCAAGGGCAAGGUCCGCCUCCCCGCGCUACACAUAGCUGCGCGCAACGACGACACACGCACUGCCGCAGUGUUGCUGCAAAACGACCCCAACCCCGAUGUACUCAGCAAGACAGGUUUCACGCCACUGCACAUUGCUGCCCACUACGAGAAUCUGAACGUAGCCCAACUGCUCCUCAACCGAGGAGCCGAUGUCAACUUCACACCGAAGAAUGGAAUCACGCCUCUCCACAUAGCAGCAAGGCGAGGGAAUGUGAUCAUGGUCAGACUGCUGCUUGACCGAGGAGCAACCAUUGAUGCCAAGACUAAAGAUGAGUUAACACCUCUACACUGUGCAGCAAGAAAUGGACAUGUUCGCAUCAUAGAAAUCCUCCUGGACCAGGGAGCUCCCAUCCAGGCCAAGACCAAAAAUGGCCUAUCUCCCAUCCACAUGGCGGCCCAAGGAGAUCACAUGGACUGCGUGCGGCAACUACUUCAGUACAAUGCUGAGAUUGAUGAUAUCACACUGGACCACCUAACCCCAUUGCACGUUGCUGCCCACUGCGGACACCAUCGCAUGGCCAAAGUCCUUCUUGACAAAGGAGCCAAACCUAAUACACGUGCCCUGAAUGGUUUCACACCCCUUCAUAUUGCCUGCAAGAAGAACCACAUGCGUGUAAUGGACCUUCUCCUCAAACACGGAGCAUCGCUAGAAGCGGUUACAGAGUCUGGUCUGACCCCACUGCAUGUCGCCUCAUUUAUGGGUCACCUGAACAUCGUGAAGAUUCUACUACAAAAGGGUGCCUCUCCUCAUGCCUCCAAUGUGAAAGUGGAGACUCCUCUGCACAUGGCAUCCCGGGCGGGCCACUGUGAGGUGGCUGAAUUCUUGUUGCAGAAUGGAGCUCCAGUUGACGCUAAAGCCAAGGACGACCAAACUCCACUGCACUGUGCGUCGCGGAUGGGUCAGGAGGACCUGGUGAAGCUGCUACUGGACCACAAAGCCAACCCCAACUCCAGCACCACAUCCGGGCACACUCCCCUGCACAUCACUGCACGGGAGGGACACACACAUACUGCACAAAUCCUUCUGGACAUGAAUGCACAGCAGACAAAGAUGACCAAGAAAGGCUUCACGCCACUCCAUGUUGCAUCUAAAUAUGGGAAAGUGGAUGUGGCCCAACUUCUGCUAGAAAGAGGAGCCAACCCUAAUGCUGCUGGCAAGAACGGACUGACUCCACUGCAUGUGUCAGUGCAUCACAACAACCUAGACGUGGUGAACCUGCUGGUCAGCAAGGGAGGGUCACCUCACAGCGCAGCAAGGAAUGGCUACACCCCCCUGCAUAUUGCUAGUAAGCAGAAUCAGGUGGAGGUGGCCAGCAGUCUGCUGCAGAGUGGGGCCUCGGCCAACGCAGAGUCCCUCCAGGGAGUCACGCCCCUGCACCUCGCCUCUCAGGAGGGCAGCCCAGACAUGGUGAACCUGCUCAUCUCAAAGCAGGCCAAUGUCAACCUGGGAAACAAGAGUGGCUUGACCCCGUUGCACCUGGUGGCACAGGAAGGGCAUGUGGGCAUAUCAGACAUACUGGUGAAGCAAGGUGCCUCUGUGUAUGCUGCCACAAGGAUGGGCUAUACCCCUCUCCACGUAGGAUGUCACUAUGGUAACAUCAAGCUGGUGAAGUUUCUCCUCCAACAACAGGCCAAUGUCAACAGCAAAACCAGGUUGGGCUACACACCCCUUCAUCAGGCAGCUCAGCAGGGUCACACUGACAUCGUCACCCUUCUGCUGAAGCAUGGAGCUCAGCCCAACGAGACCACUACUCAUGGCACGUCUGCUCUGGCGAUUGCCAAGCGUCUAGGGUACAUCUCUGUCAUAGAUGUUCUCAAGCUGGUCACCGAGGAGACUGUCACUAUGACAACUACAGAGAAGCAUCGUAUGAGCUUCCCCGAGACUGUAGACGAGAUUCUAGAUGUGUCCGAGGAUGAAGGGCUCGCACAGCUAACGCUAGGUGAGGAGCUGCUCUGUAACGACGGGGCCAGAUACCUAAAAAUGGACGGCAUGAAGGACCAUGACGAUGAUUUCCUCUCUCCAAAGAAAGCUAUAGAGAAUUACUCUCCAGCAAUUCCCAGGAUUCCUUGUGUGUCCCCAGAGACUGUGGUGUUAAAGGAGCAUGAGAUUGAUCAGCAACACACACCCCUCCCCCUGCCAAAGGAGUAUGAUGAGGACUCACUGAUCCCCAGCAGUCCUGCCACUGAGACCUCAGACAACGUCAGCCCAGUCGCCAGCCCCAUACACACUGGGUUCCUGGUGAGCUUCAUGGUGGAUGCUCGUGGCGGCUCCAUGCGGGGCAGCAGACACAACGGCCUGCGCGUGAUCGUGCCCCCACGCACCUGCGCCGCCCCGACCCGCAUCACCUGCCGCCUGGUCAAGCCCCAGAAGCUCCAAACUCCGCCCCCACUCGUGGAGGGGGAAGGCCUCGCCAGCCGCAUCAUCUCCCUGGGCCCAGCGGGCAUGCAGUUCCUGGGGCCAGUGAUUGUGGAGAUCCCCCACUUUGCAGCACUGGGGCGGGGUGACCGUGAGCUAGUGGUCCUGAGAAGUGAGAACGGGUCGGUGUGGAAGGAGCAUCGCAAUCGCUAUGGUGAUGAGGUGUUGGAGACCAUCCUGAACGGCAUGGAUGAGGACCUGGAGAGCCAAGAGGAGCUGGGGAAGAAGCGAAUUCGCCGCAUCAUCUCCACCGACUUCCCACUCUACUUUGCCGUGGUGUCCCGCAUCCAGCAGGAGAGCGACCUGAUUGGUCCAGAAGGAGGUCACCUGACCAGCAAGCUGGUGCCGCAAGUGCAGGCAUCCUUCCCCGAGACAGCAGUGACCAAGCGUGUCCGGCUGGGCCUGCAGGCCCAGCCGGUCCCAGAUGAGCUGGUAGCGAAGCUCCUGGGCAACCAGGCCACCUUCAGCCCGGUGGUGACGGUGGAGCCGCGGCGCCGUAAGUUCCACCGGCCCAUCGGCCUGCGCAUCCCCCUGCCCCCGUCCUGGAAGGACAGCCCCCGCGACACCGGCGAGGGAGACACCACCAGCCUGCGCCUGCUCUGCAGUGUCAUUGGUGGUACAGCCCCAGCUCAGUGGGAGGACAUCACGGGAACUACCAAGUUGCUCUACUCCAGUGACUGUGCCAACUUUACUACCAAUGUCUCAGCGCGGUUCUGGCUGGCGGACUGCCCUCGUACGGCGGAGGCGGUGUCCUUUGCCAACCUCCUGUACCGCGAGCUGGUGGCCGUGCCCUACAUGGCCAAGUUCGUGGUGUUCGCCAAGAUGAAUGAGAUUCGCGAGGGCCGCCUUCGUUGCUACUGCAUGACUGACGACAAGAUGGACAAGACCCUGGAGCAGCACGAGAACUUCUCGGAAGUGGCUCGCAGCCGAGACAUCGAGGUGAUGGAGGGCAUGCCGCUGCACCUGGAGUGCUCGGGGAACCUGAUCCCCGUCAGGAAGGCCACCCAGCAGCCCCGCUGCUUCAGCUUCCAGGCCUUCAGGGACAACCGCCUGCCCGUCUCGGUCAAGGUCAGAGACAGCAGUAAAGAACCUUCUGGGUUCUUGUCUUUCUUGCGGAAGUCGACCAAAUACGAAGAUAGUCAGCAGGUGCUCUGCAACCUCAACAUCACGAUGCCUCCCUGCAUUAAGAUUGUGGGCAGUGAGGACCGCAGGAGGACUUUAACACCUUUGGCCCUGAGAGAGAGAUACAGCGCCUUGAACGAGCCUGCCAUGGCAUCAUUGAGUGCCAUGGAGAGGACAGAGCUCAAGAUGGCCGUCAUAGCUGAACAGCUGGGACUAAGCUGGGCUGAGUUGGCAAGAGAGCUCCACUUCAGUGUGGACCACAUCAAUAAGAUCCGUGUGGAGAACCCUAAUUCCCUGCUGGAGCAAAGCUCUACUCUCCUGAACCUGUGGGCUACACGUGAAGGAAAGAGAGCUAAGAUGGACAGUCUGUAUCUGGCCCUGAAGGCUAUUGACCGGAUGGACAUUGUGAGCAUGCUGGAGGGCCAGCCCCCUCCCCAGCAACAGCAGCAGCAGCAGCAGCAGCAGGGUCGGCCGAGCCGAGACCAGUCCAGACGCAGGCACAACGAUCGUGACCAUCUCUCCCCCGGGAUGGCCAACGGUUACGGGCUGGCGGUCCGUGAGGAGAUGCUCUCCCCAGCCUCGCUGCAGUACAGCCUGCCCUCACCGCUGGGCAGCGAGCCGUACUGGCAAGAGGUGUCCAGCCUGGACUGCGCGCCCAUGGCCACCACCGAGGAGGACACGCUGAUGGAGAUGUCCGACAUGCAGGUGUGGCCGUCCGGCAACAGCCCCUCGCUGGUGGCGGUGGAGGACUCCUCGUUGGAGUGCAGCCGAGCGGACGACUCGGACGCGCCGCUGCCGCACGGGAGCUUGGGCCGGCCCGGCAGCAGGGGCUCGGGCGCGGGCACGGGGCUUAGCGGCCGGGGAGGACUCAGCGGCUCCAUCGAGCUGCUGGAGGACCAGUCGGAGCUCGGCUGCGACUCGGAGCAGCAGAGCCUGGCGGGGACGCCGGCCGGGGUCAACGUCAACGGGCUGGACGGAAGUCAGGGGUCAGAGGUCACGGCAGGAGGAGCUGGAGGAGGGGGGGGAGGAGGAGGAGUGGGAGGUGGAGGAGGAGGAGGAGGAGUGGGAUUAGAAGAAGGCCUGUCUGUCGUUGCAGGGCAACAGCGGGUGUAUGCACGCAUGAGUGACUCGCCUGGCCUGAGCCAUGUGGCGGACCGCAAUGGAGACAGGUCACCCCCGGGGUCCUUCCUCUCCUACCUGCCCGACCCAGCGGCGCCCGGGUGGCAAGGGAUGAGCGACGUGGCCCAGAACUGGGUGGGGCCCUCUCAAGCCAACACCCGGCAGGCCAUGGAGUCCAUGAUGUCGUCGAUGCGCAGCACGAUGGACGGAGACAGCAGCCAAUCGCGCGUGGCCCAGGAGGCGCUGCUGCAGCCGGUGCGGGACAUGGGCCACUCGGAGAUCCUGCGCGGACACUUCCGGGGCACCCAGCCGUUCGAGAAGGGCCUCGGGUUCCCGCAUCGCGUGCCCGAGCUGCGGGGUUGGGGACAGGGUGACGAGGCGCAGGAUCUGCCGGGAGAGCACGUGAGUGAGGAGCAGUUCACAGAUGAGCAUGGCAACAUAGUCACCAAGAAGAUCGUGAGGAAGGUGGUGCGCAGAGGGAAAGGUGCAGAGGAUGAGGGUGGUGAACUUCUGCUGGAAGGUUCUGUCUCUGAGGAGGGAGACAACGAGCCGUACGUCAGCUACGCUGUGCUAGGCCACGACGCCAAGGACCUGCCCCCUAACCCCUCCUACACAGACACAUGAUAGACACUGAUGCGGCGAGAAGAGUGGCGAGAGGCCAGUCACCCGAAACCACCACCCGUCUCCAUGGCGACAACAUCAACAACAAACAACAACAACAACAAAAAUAACAACAACUACUGCAACCAUGUCCACCAUCACUACAGACACCCUCUGGAGUCGUGGAGGAGCCAUUUUCCUAUGUUAUUGUUUUUUAAAGAAGAGAGAGAUGAGGACAGACAUAGCUAGACGAGGCAUGUUUUCAUAGAAAACCAAAUCUUAAAAACAAACUAAAGCAAAAAAAAUAAGAGAAAAAAACCCCACAAGCUUCCUGUUCCUCUCUGAGCAUGCCAAGAGCUGCGCAUGGCCUGCCUGCUGACUCAGCACCUACUGCAAAGGAUCAUGGGACUCUGGGUGGGGCAGCAGUUGUUGGGGCGCCCCGCCCGAUGAUGGAUCUGUAUGAUGGUUUACUAGUUGCAACUUUUGAAAAGGGGAUGACUUCGCCCCUCACAGACAUACAUUCAAAUUCUACUCACAAGACAUCCAUAGACACCCAAAGACACAUGUACACUGAUACUCACAAGCACCCAGACAAACACACUCAUACAUCCACAAAUCCACAGGCAAUCAUUAACAUGUGCAUACACAGUUUUAGUCUUCCACUACAUGAUAUAUGCACCCAAAAGCUAGAUGAAUGGUGAAUGAAUGUACAUGUGCGGGUGUGGAUGUGUGCGUGUGGAUGUGUGUGUGUGUGUGUGUGUGUGUGUGUGCGUCCGUGUGUGUGUAGAAGAAUGUUUACGUGUAUGUGUGUGUAUGUUAUGUCACGCAACUAUGCUAUGACGACCACGCUGCUGUCUUGAAUACCCCAAAUCGCUCCUCUCUCUGUUAUAAUGUUGGGUUCAGUAGAAACAUACAAUAUCUUGUUGCUAAUAUUAUUAUUAUUACUCUUAUUAUUCUGAGAUAUUAUUGAUAUUCUGUAGAGAUUGCUCUUUGUGGGAAUGAGAACUAAAUCUACUUUGUUGUGUUGUUCUGCCUGUUUUAAAUGUCAAACAUUCUGUCUGGAAACUCUCUUCUUUUUGAGUAUGUCAUGUUUCUGUUCUCUUCCUCUCUCUCUCUCUCUUUCUGUCUCUCUAUAUACAGUAUAUAUACAUAUAUAUUUCUGAAGCAGUCAGAUGAGAUGUGUGUUGCAGCUCUUUGUCUUUAUGGGAAAGGGGUUCCCCAGGCAACACCUCCAGCCCAUCCAUGUGGCUCAACACCACUACCCACCAAUUAGAUGAGAUGAGGGUUUCAGUGUGUUUCCAUAUAAGGGCACAAGUCAAGAUCUUCCUGAUCAGCUAUUUACAAUAUCCCACAUGCGUAUAUUGUUUACGCAGGCCCACACACACUGGAUUUGUACUUCUCUCACAAGCUGAAGACUCCAACACAAACAUCCAUGUAGCUUUUUUGACCAAACAGGGGACCGCACCAGACAUAUCUAUUCUCACAUAAGUACACACAUAAACAUACUUGAAUGUACACGUCAGAUGCCCAGGAAAAUGGCCUAAUAGCAGUAGCAGUUUUGUCUUCCAUGAUCAUGGGGCUUUAAGUUCCACACACACAACGCCACACAUCCGUGCCUCACUCCAGCCCAACUCCGUGGGUCAUGUAGCACAGACAGAAGUAUCACUGUGUCACCAUCUUGUAGCUACUCAGCAUUCUCGCUCUUUUAGCUUGACCUGUGUUGACCUGAGUGGAAGAGGACCUAUAAGUGUCUGUGUGUGUGUUUUCUGUCUGUGGUUCUGUUUCUCUGUGUGUCUGUGGUCCAGAUCAGUCAGUAACAGUAGAUUUCCGAACACGCACCUUGAGAAGCAAAGCAAUAAACACACACACACACAUACAGUAUACACACCUAAUAAUCUGACUUGGCAGGAAGAAAUCAUUAUUUUAUUGUGUUGGUCCCCUGCACAAUCCAGAUAUAGUAACACAUUACAGAGACCGCACACACACACACACACACACACACACACACACACAGCUACCCUCAUGUCUAACACCUUCUCCUCCUGUCUUUGACCAUACUCUUCCCCUGCCCUUCUGUAUGUCUCUGUCUCGGUCUCGUUCCCUCUCUUGUUGUCCUCCACACACUAAUCACUGUGAUCAGCCUGACCCUUGACCCUUGACCCUGGACUGUGCACUGCCUCUCAGCCUCUCAGCUCCUCCCACCUCCCCCUCCUCAGUCUAACGCCACAUUCUGGAACAGAUCUCCAAAACGUUUUGUAGCCUACACCGAAUGCCUCAUCAAGUGAUGCAUGCUUUCAAUUCUGUCAUGAUGAUACCCACAUUAUACGGAUAUUUGGAAACCCAUAUUUGAUCACUGAUCAGCUUAAAUGUGAGCCCCGUCUGUAGUCCCUGCAUACAACCACUAAAACAUACUGCUCUCAAGAACAGAUAUGAAAAAGACAGAGUUCUUAGAAGCGUUUAGUAUUCAAAGCCAUUUCACUCAGACCUUAGUGGUGCAGCAAUAACUCCACAGAAAGACAGGUGACUUCAUCAUCUAGUUGUUUGUCAGUUAUGGACAUACCUGUGUGUGUGUGUGUGUGUGUGUGUGUGUGUGUGUGUGUGGCAGAUGUGCGCGUGUGUGUGUGGCAGAUGUGCGCGUGUGUGUGUGUGUGUGAGAGAGAGAGAGAGAGAAUUUUGUUAAACAGACUUGAAAUGAACAACAAAGUUCUCAUUCUCCCAUCAUAUCAGUCCAGCAAAAUGUGAAUAGCAUGUGAUGUUUAAGGCGUAAUGAAUGUGAACCAGAGUGGUUUCUAUGGAAACAAUAGGUUCACCUCAAACCCAUAUCUCCCACCACCACCCACCCAGAAACACACAUACACACACCCCAAACUGGCAUGUGUGUAUUGGGAGAGGUAAUUUCCUAGGCUCUGUGUAUGUGUGUAUGUAUGUGUGUGUGUGUGUGUGUGUGUGUGUGUGUGUGGGUGGGUGGGUGUGGGUGUGUGUCAAAGAGAGAGAGAGAGGUUAGAAGAGGAGAAACAUGAGGGGUCACUCAGAGAACUCUCAUUCUUAUGCAAAUAACCCCAAAUGUAUGCAUGGCAGGAAUUGUAGCACCUCUUUAUAAACAAUAUAUGAUGUCAGAGCCUGUGGACCAGCACAUGCACAAACAAGACAAAUGAUCCCACAGGAUUGCUCUGUGUGUGUUUGUGUGUGUCUAUGUCUGUGUGUAUGUGUGCGUGUGUGUGUGUGUGUGUGUGUGUGUGUGUGUGUGUAUGAGUUAAAUCAAUGUGUCAUGUCCUUCUGUUGCUCCCAUUACAUUGUAAAUACAUAUGGCACCAUUGUGUCAUUUAUACACACACACUGUACAUACAUAUAUAGAUAUACACAUACAAGCAUACAUACAUACACAUACAAGCAUACACACAUACAUACAUACAUACGUACAAUACAUACAUACAUAAAUACAUUCAGAAUGUAUGCUGCAUAUGCAGACAUUAAAAUACACGCGUCCACUUGGUAUAUGGUAGAUGUUACAUUGUAGCAUAUAGCGGUUCUUUCUCUGAUGUGCUUAGAUUUAAUCUGUCUCCCACUUCCAUUCUCCGAGGGAGAGAGACCAGGGAAUGAGUGGAUGAGUGGAAGUGAAAGAGAGGUAGACAACGAGAGAGCAUGCAACUUUGUUUUCAUGAUUUGUAUUCAUCCAUCUUGAGUUUUGGACCUGUCAUUCUUACAAUGUAGCAGUUUCCUAUGGGGGAAUCAUGUCAUCUGAGUCCUCUAACCCUGCCACCCCCUCCAAAAACAGACAAACAGACAGUGGGAUGGUCCAUGGGCUUGCUCAAAAGGCAGCCUCUGCAGUCAAGUCCAUAUUGAAGCAAAAAAAAGGGGGGGUGGGGGCUUCUGGCAAGUGGACAUCAACAGGAACCACUGGAAAAUGAUGAUAUGAAAUGUGGCUGGCACUAAUGGAGACAUAUACUCCCAUAGAGUGGACUGAAGACAUCAUUAACGCAAUAGCAUAUUAAUCAACCAUUAUGGAAUGCAAACUGCGCACAUGCACAGAAACAUGUUUUUAAUAUUAAUACAUAUACAGAAAUAUAUGAAAAAAAUAUACAAAUAUAUAUUUACUUAGAAUGCUAUGCACUUGCUAAUGGGAUCCACCCCGCCCUGUCCGGGGUUGUAGUCAUGUUAUGGAUGUACUGAUAGCAUCUUAGCAACCACCAGACUGCUGGGGAAUGCCUGCUGCCGUGGAAACGGACCCACGGCUUGUUAACCUCUUUCUCCUGUGUUUUUUUAUUGCUAUGGAGAUGGCAAUAUAUGGAAAAAAAAUACAAUCCUUUCAGCUCUGCUGUGAGGGACAUGUAUGACCCUGUACACCAGCUCAAACAUUUACAACAUUAAUAAAGAAAAUAAAUAUCCACAGAUAUAUCUGGGUAUUUAUCUGUGUCUGUUGGCGAGUGUGUGUGGUUGUGUGCAAGGCUUUCGGAAAAAGGCAUCUCCCUCCUCAUAAAAAAAAUGGUGAGGAUUCGCUGUGGUACCCUUAAAGGUUUAACUGACAGCCGUUAAAGCCUUUGUUUAGGCAGUCAACUUUGUUUGUAAAGUGUGUACAGUAAUGUGUGUUUGUGUGAAUGCCCAUGUGUUGGUGCAUGUACUCCCCAGAUAACACAGUUUGUGUAUGAGCUAUACACAGUGAUUUUUGUCAGUGUUAUACAACAUGUAAAUUCUAUGUACUGCAUGAAUAGACCUGACAUCAGCAAAGGAGCAAUCAAAUUGGUUGAUUGUAAUUAUUGACACGAGACACCGACACAUACAGAUACGAAGUGAAGACAAUUUGCAGCUGUGCUAAACUCUCAGAAGAGUGUUGGCACUCUGCUGAACAUGUGACAUUCCUCAGUAAGGCAUCAGUAUGGGAUGGGUAUGGGUAGAUGUCCUCCUCCCCUUCCAGUCUACUGGUCUUUGCUUUGACAUCACAAUGCCACUAGAGGGCAGCAAGCCUCACUGAACCCUCCUAGUCCAGCUGGACUUUUCUCUAUUCUCUGCCAUCAGCACUGCAGGGACACCUCAUACCUUCUGCUCUCUCUCUUGCCCCCUCUCUCUAACUGUUUGUGUAUUUAAACAUCUUGAUUAUUGUAAACACAUUGAAGCCAAUAUAUGUUGCACUUACUCGACAUGAGUUAUGUCUUUAAAAAUCUGAAAUGAUUUAUAAAAAUGAAAUAUGGAUGGUUUUGUAUUUUGUUUUUCUCUCCAUGUCCCUGUGUCCCUCCCCCACCUCUCUCCCUCUGUCUGGACCUCCCACCUGCAUCAUUAAAGCUCUUUGAUGGC